AAAAUACGGAUGACAUAGGUUGCUCCCACUGAGUUAAAGUAUUAAUCUCUUAUUUUUCACCCCUUAUACAAUUCCUUCUGUUUAUGAAGAACUGCUAGGUGUGGUUUAUCUGGUACCUGCUUUGAAUGCAUUGAUUCCAUCAGGUUGUUCCAUAUGCACAUACCUCUCAGGGGAUUUAUUUGGCAGUUAUGUACUGAAGAGAAGACUUGAUUCUUUUUUUAUUGUUUAUGCAAGCACAGGUAUCAUUCCUCUUGGACUAAAUUUGGGGACCAAAGGUUAAUAGCCACUAGAAUAAAUUUAUUAGCUAUGGAUGUAUUCAUGAAAGGGUUUUCCAAAGCAAAAGAGGGUGUUGUGGCAGCUGCAGAAAAAACCAAACAGGGAGUGGCAGAAGCAGCAGGAAAAACAAAAGAGGGUGUUCUCUAUAUGGGCUCAAAAACAAAGGAAGGCGUUGUACAUGGAGUAACAACAGUUGCGGAGAAGACCAAAGAACAGGUGUCUAAUGUUGGUGAAGCAGUAGUUACAGGAAUGACUGCAGUUGCACAGAAGACAGUAGAAGGAGCUGGAAAUAUUGCUGCAGCAACAGGCCUGGUAAAGAAGGAUCAAAAGAAUGAAAGCGGCUUCGGCCCAGAAGGGACAGUGGAGAAUUCAGAAAAUAUGCCGGUAAAUCCAGAUAAUGAGACAUAUGAAAUGCCGCCUGAGGAGGAGUAUCAAGAUUAUGAUCCUGAAGCAUGAAUAAUCAGCGCAAAUUACAUCCUGUAGGAGAUUCUAUUUCAUAUGAAAAUGUGUUCCAAUGUAGCCAUUUGUCAUUUUUUUGUAUAUUUCUGCAGUUGUUUAUGAAGUCUUACAUCCACAGUGAUAAAGACAUCACAAAAUAGGGUUAAUUAUCAGAAACCUAUUAUCAUCAGAUAAUCAGAGACCCAUUAACUCCACCCUACUAAAGCGGGCAGAAUUUAAAUUUUAAAAACAAUAUUGAUUUAAACAAAAAAAGAAAGAAAGAAAAAAAAACACCUAAGUGUCUACUAAUGUCUUACUUUCUAUUUGUAUGAUUGACUGUUUUCAGUGGUUUUGGUAUUGUUUAUAAUAAUUUUGUAUGUUUCCUACGUCCUCUACUGUUACAUGUAACAUAUUGUGGUACCAGUUUCUAGCUAUACGGUAUUUCUGACAGUAAGCAUGAUCUAUGCACCAAGCAAUUUUACAUUUCUAUCAUGCACCCUGAUUGAUUUUGUGUUUAUAAUGAAAUGUAUUGCUAUUUAAAGCAUAGAGUCAAUAAAGAUUAAUAUUUAUGUUAAAUGCAA